GGGAGGCUUUUGGGUCGGGAGGAGGCGCGCGCGGCGAGUCGGGCGGGAAGUGGCGGGAACGGUGGCUGGGUCCGUGCGGCCGCCGAAGCGGGAAGAAGGCUGGACCCCCCCCACCCAGUACGUGAUCAGGAAAAAAACUUUGAACCUGCGUCUCUGGCUGCGUAGUCCAGGCUGACAUCGAACUCUCGGCGAUCCUCCUGCCUCAGGAAGAAUCUUGAGGGAAUUGAGGUCCAACAUUCACUCGUGAGUUCUUGAGAAUCAGAGGCUGUUCUUUGUGGAUGAGCAAGUGGGAAAUGUGCCACACUAGCUGACCUCUGUUGGAGCUGCUUCUUCCAUCCUCAAGAAGAUGAACAAAAAAACCUUAAGAAUUCUAUGAAGGACCAGAGGCCAUUUCUGAGCAGUAGAGAUUUUUGAGUACUUCGCUGAACAGUCAGUUCCAGAUCCUGUCGUCAUAUCCUGUAUAGGUCUUUCAAGUGGUAACAGAUGCAUAUUAUUUAUUUUAUUUAAAAAAAAUGAGUGUAGCUAGCAUUGCAUUAAGAGUUGAAACUUGGCUUUUAGCUACAUGGCAUGUUAAAGUACCUCAAAUGUGGCUGGAAGCUUGCAUUAACUGGAUCCUAGAAGAAAAUAAUAAUGUUAAUUUGAGUCAGGCACAAAUGAAUAAACAAGUAUUUGAGCAAUGGUUACUUACUGAUCUGAGAGAUUUGGAACAUCGUCUUUUACCUGAUGACAUUUUAGAAAUUCCAAAAGGAGAACUGAAUGGAUUUUAUGCUCUGCAGAUUAAUUCCUUGGUUGAUGUAAGUCAACCUGCAUAUUCUCAGAUACAACGGUUGAGAGGAAAGAAUACUACAAAUGAUCUAGUUACAGCUGAAACACAAGUUACCCCCAAACCUUGGGAAGCAAAGCCUUCUCCAAUGUUGAUGCUACAGCUAACUGAUGGAGUUGUACAAAUGCAAGGAAUGGAAUAUCAGUCUAUUCCAGCUCUUCAUAGUGAUCUUCCUCCAGGCACAAAAAUUUUGAUUUAUGGAAACAUUUCAUUCCGUCUUGGUGUUCUUUUAUUGAAACCAGAAAAUGUGAAAGUGUUAGGAGGUGAAGUAGAUGCUCUUUUAGAAGAAUAUGCACAGGAAAAAGUGCUUGCAAGAUUAAUUGGGGAAUCUGAUCCUAUAGCUUCAGUCAUACCAAAUAAUUCUAACCAAAACAUCUCCAAAGUUAUAGAUGUUCUAGAUCCUGUGUUAGGACCUUCUGAUGAAGAACUCUUGGCAAGUCUUGAUGAAAAUGAUGAGCUUGCAGCAAAUAAUGACACCUUGGAAAGAUGUAUCAACACAGGUAGUUCCUUGAACACUGUUUCUGUGAGACAGUCAGAUUUUGAGCCAGGAUUCAGUUCCCCAAGACCAAAGGAGAAACCACCAAACCAAUUUCUGUAUUUCACUGAUGGGGAAUUGGAUGACUUUUCAUUGGAGGAAGCCUUGCUUUUGGAAGAAACUGUCCAAAAAGAACAGAUGAAAACUAAAGAAUCACAGCCAUUGACUUUGAACAAAAACACAGAUAAAAGUAUGGAGAGAUUUUCACAUAAAACUACUACUCUGAAUGACUUUUCUUUGAUUUGCAAACAAGGCAUUAGUAAUUCGAAUGAAAAUAUCUUACCUGAACAGAUGACUCAUGAAGACAGGUCUUUAUCUGCUACAGACCAGAAUAGUAGUGUUUUUUCAGGUCAUCGUAACGUACCAUUAGCACAUAAUUUUACAAAUAAAGAUAAGAAUUCAGAGGCAGAUAAUAAAGUAAAACAAACCAGCAGUUUGGAUGGACAUUCCUUAAAUGAUAAAAUAUUAAAUAGUGAGCCAGUCAAGAGUUUACAAGUUUCUAAUGAACGUGGUCACCACUUACAGGUGUGUUCUUUAAGAUCAGAGAGAAACACUGAUCUUUCUGUUGGCACAGAUUUGUAUUCUCCACCCUUCACCUAUCUCUCUGUUUUAAUGGCCAGCAAACCAAAGGAAGUUACAACAGUGAAAGUCAAAGCAUUUAUUGUAACUUUAACCGGAAAUCUUUCAAGUUCUGGUGGCAUUUGGAGUAUAACUGCAAAGAUUUCUGAUGGCACUGGAUAUCUAGAUGUAGACUUUGUAGAUGAAAUACUUACCAAUUUAAUAGGGUUUUCAGUACUAGAAAUGAAACAGUUAAAAAAGGAUCCUCCCAAAUAUCAAAAGUUCCUGGAAGGUUUGCAAAAAUGUCAGAGAGAUCUAAUAGAUUUGUGCUGUUUAAUGACUAUUUCAUUUAAUCCUUCCUUGUACAAAGCAGUGGUACUUGCAUUACAAGAUGUUAAUAUGGAACACCUUGAGAACCUAAGGAAGCGAUUGAAUAAAUAACAUUAAAUAGUAUUAGAGAACAAUUUAAAAGAAGGAAGUAUUUAAAUUUGUUCACAAUUUUAUUUUUGAAACUUUUAUUGGUUCAGAUUUCAGAAAAUGUGUUCUUUUUAGUUUAUUAAUCUUCAAGGACUAUUUGUGUGACUCUUAAUUUUUGGAACCUUAUGGGAUAGUAUGACCAAAAAGUAUGAUGUUGAGUAAUCCAAGUCAUUUCCUUCCUACUAUAAUUUGCAUAAACUUAUUAUAUAUUCUAGAAGAGUUCAGAAAUUGAGGCAUCAUAAACAAGCACAUGGAAGUACUCUGGUUGAAGAUGAAAACGGGGAAAUGUUUGUUACAACAAUUGUUUCUAAUAAAGUGGGGUUCACAAAUGUAAACAAGUUUUUAGAACAAUGCUUUGGUUGUUUUCAUGUUUAGGCAGUUGAACAUCAGAUUAAGCUAGCUUCUUGCUGAAAUUGUUUUUGUAAAAAAAUGAAGUUUUAUAGCUUAUUUCAAUUUGUUUCUUUUAACUCAGCAUCUAGUUUCCUCUAUUAUGGUAUUAACAUCUUAUAUUACUAGGAUAUGUCUGUUAUUGAAACAGUAUGCAUCAUUCAACAAAGUCUGUCAUUUAGAUUUCUUAGCUUUUCUCUCUCACUGCUUUUCUUUUCUUUUUUUUUUUUUUUUGGUACCAGGGAUCAAACUCGGGUCC